CGGCUGCCGCUGCCGCGCCUCCUCUCCUACCUGCGGGACGACGGGCUCUGCAUCCCCAAGGAGGAGGCUGCCUUUCAGCUGGCGCUGCGCUGGGUGCGCGCUGACCCCGCCACCCGUGCCCCGCUGCUGCCGCAGCUCCUGGCUCACGUCCGCCUGCCCUUUGUGCGCCGCUUCUACCUGCUGGCCCACGUGGAGAGCGAGCCGCUGGUGGCCCGCUGUCCCCCCUGCCUGCGCCUCCUGCGUGAGGCCCGCGACUUCCAGGCCGCUCGCCUCGACCGCCACGACCGGGGACCCUGUGCCCGCAUGCGCCCCCGGCCCUCCACUGGCCUCGCUGAGAUCCUCGUCCUCGUUGGUGGCUGCGACCGUGACUGCGAUGAGCUUGUCACCGUCGACUGCUACAACCCACGCACUGGCCACUGGCGCUACCUGGCCGAGUUCCCCGAGCACCUGGGAGGGGGCUACAGUGUUGCUGCCUUGGGCAAUGACAUCUAUGUCACUGGGGGCUCAGACGGGUCCAGGCUGUACGACUGUGUCUGGAGGUACAAUUCCAGCGUGAACGAGUGGACGGAGGUGUCACCCAUGCUGAAAGCCAGGGAAUACCACAGCUCCACGGUCCUGGACGGGCUGCUCUACGUGGUUGCCUCUGACAGCACGGAGCGCUAUGACCACACACUGGACAGCUGGGAGGCCCUGCAGCCCAUGCUGUAUCCCAUGGACAACUGCUCCACCACCUCAUGCCGUGGAAAACUCUUCGCCAUCGGCUCCCUGUCUGGAAAAGAGUCCAUGGUCAUGCAGUGCUAUGACCCCAGCAGUGACCUCUGGUCCCUUGUCAACUGCGGCCACCUGCCCCCCUGGUCCUUUGCCCCAAAGACCGUCACGCUCAAUGGUCUCAUGUACUUCAUACGAGAUGACUCGGCUGAAGUGGAUGUUUACAAUCCAUCAAAGAAUGAAUGGGAUAAAAUCCCUGCCAUGCUUCAGGUUCACGUUGGGGGUAGCGUGGCUGUGCUCGGUGGGAAGCUCUAUGUCUCGGGGGGCUACGAUAACACGUUUGAGCUCUCGGAUGUGCUGGAAGCCUACGACCCCGAGACACGAACGUGGAGCGUCGUGGGCCAGCUCCCCGAGCCCAUCUUCUGGCACGGCAGCGUCAGCAUAUUCCGGCAGUUCAUGCCAGAAACCACACAGGAGGAUGACAGCAUCACACUGGACAACACCAUCAGCUUGAGCAGGCAGAACCAAAACCUUCACAACCAGAACCUCAAUGAGCUGCCUUAGCACAGGAAGCGGCUUGAUGAAGUCCCUCAUCCAGAACCUGGGCUGCUUUGGGAGAAGGCUGAGGCAAACCAGUGCUUGGAAACAAAACCAUUCUGAUCACAGAGGGAGCAGGAACUCUGGCUGUUGGAUGUGAUGCUGUGGGCCUGCAGGCAGCGAGGCCUUCACUGCUUCCCUUGGCCCUUCAGGGCGGGAGACGUCACCGUGCUGCCCACAGGGACCAGAGAGCUGAUCCCUGGGGAAAGCACUCGUGGUGAAUCAUGCCACAGCACCACUGCUUAUGGCUUGUGAGCAGACACCUUUCACUGGGAGCUCCUUCACCCUGUAAUGCUUCGUUUGCCACCAAACUCCUUCCUUCAGUUUCUGUCUUGGGAGGCGUCUGUCUGGUAGGGCAGUGGUCUGGACGCCCCCCUGUAUUCUGUGCCUCGGAGGGAGACAGGCUUCCUGUGCACGUGUUGGGGUUGAAAGGUAGUUAUUUUAGGAUUUUUUUCUUCUUUUUAUUUGGGGUUUGCAUUUUUCUUUUGGCCUGCAUAAGAUUUGCCUUUAUAUUUGCCCAAGUGCCCUAGCCAGGUGGGCUCUGUUUAUCUACCUUCACUGAAGAGCAGCUGCGUGCAGUUUACUUGUGGAAUGUUUCUGGAAGAAGUGAACAGCUGAACCUGCAGUAGGGCUCCCUGAGAGCAUGUGCUGCACCUUCAGGAGAACCCUGAAGUGUGGCAGAAGCUAAGGUAUGGCUGGAUGCAUUUGCUUUUUUGGUCUUUAAAUUUUAGCUAGCAGAGAAAAAGUUUGCAUUUAAACUGAAUUCAGAGAUGGAAACCCCGUAUACUCGAUCUCUCUCCUCCAGGCUUGCCCCUGGAUCGAGGAGCAUCCGAGCCCCAUUUCCACAGCAUCAGCGUCCUCACAGCUUUACAGAAACGUGUUUUUCCCCAGUGCUGUGACGCUGCUGCACCCCUCGGCCACGGGGAACCCGGGCCGUUCUCCAGCCUGGAACACUGACAGUGCCUUGAGACCGCCGCGUGCCAGCAGGGAACGCGCAGAGCCCGGCGCGGCUGCCCCAGGGUGUCAAACCUGUGGACAGAGUAGGGGGGUGCAGGGGCCCACAGUUCGGGGCAGCUGCUGCUUUUUCGGGAGCAAUGGCCAAUUCCCGACGGCGCCGCAGCCCGAGGCAUUUCUGCUGAGCUAUAAAUAACGCACCCCGGCGCACGCGGCCGUGCUUGCUGCUGGACCCCCCAGUCCCACCCGCUGAGCAGCUACAGAUCUGUAUUUAUUUUUUGUAGAAUUCAUUGUGUUGAAUCCUCAAGUACAGUUGAACUCCAUCCUUUGAAACAAAGGCAUUUUACAUUUGCAGAUAAUGUAUUUUUAUUCUCAGUUUGUUUUUAAAUUUACUUGCAGCAGUCAAGUUAAAUAAAACCUGUUACACAA